ACCCUUUAAAAGGAGGCAUUUACACUGUGUGUGUGCGUGUGAAGGGAAAGCAGCAGACAGUUCAGCAGGCUGUCUGCACCAGUUUUGCAAACAUGGUUACAUCUUACCCCCUUCCUGAAGGUUUCACUGAGAUUGAAGUCUUUGGCAUUGGCACAACACUUCUGAUUGAAGCUCUACUUGGAUUUGUUUUAAAUGGCCUGACAAUCGCUUCUUUCUACAAAAUAAGAGAGCUCAGGACACCCAGCAACCUGCUCAUAAUCAGCCUAGCAGUGGCAGACACUGGACUGUGUAUCAAUGCUUUUGUAGCUGCAUUUUCCAGCUUUCUAAGAGUACACCAUUUUAACAGGUAUUGGCCGUAUGGAUCAGAUGGAUGUCAGAUUCAUGGAUUCCAGGGAUUUGUUGCAGCUCUGUCCAGUAUCAGUUCAUGUGCUGCAAUAGCAUGGGAUCGCUAUCACCAAUAUUGUACUCGUAGCAAACUACACUGGAGCACAUCAAUUUCAGUGGUGAUGUUUGUCUGGGGCUUCUCUGCAUUCUGGUCUAUGAUGCCCUUGUUUGGUUGGGGUGAAUAUGAUUAUGAACCUUUAAGAACUUGUUGUACAUUGGACUACUCUAAAGCCGACAGAAACUUCAUCUCUUACCUUUUCCCCCUGGCAUUCUUUGAGUAUCUAAUCCCUCUAUUUAUCAUGAUAACUGCAUACCAGUCUAUACACCAGAAGCUGAAGAAAAGUGGCCAGCUCAAGACGAACACUGGAUUACCGGUAAAAUCACUGAUUAUAUGCUGGGGGCCAUAUUCCCUGCUAUGCUUUUAUGCAAUUAUUCAGGAUGCAACAAUCCUGUCACCAAAAUUAAGGAUGAUGCCUGCUGUCUUGGCCAAGAUGUCCCCUGCUGUGAAUGCCUAUGUGUAUGGACUUGGAAAUGAGAACUACAGAGGAGGAAUCUGGCAGUUCCUCACUGGGCAAAAAAUUGAAAAAACAGAAACUGACAAUAAAGCUAAUUAACACAAUUUGCAGCCCCUUUUCUGUUUCACACUGUAAUGGACAAUAAUCAGUGUUUAAAAAAGUGUUUGGAUUGCUGUGCCUUGAAACAGUUGUAGUGUGAAACCGUACAGCCAGCGAGGAUCUACUUACAAUGUAUUUCAUGUUUUGUUUCUUGUAUCUUUAACUAAAAGGACAACAAAUAUGUACAAUAAAAAGGGGUGUCUAGGCAAUGUAUUAAUGCUAUGUAACAAUGAUUUUGUGCCUUAAUAAAGAUAUACUGUGGUUUAUUAAU